UACACUCGAUCCCUCCGAUGUCAACAACUACAGACCAGUAUCCCUUCUUUCUUUUCUCUCCAAAACUCUUGAACGUGCCGUCCUUGGCCAGCUCUCCCGCUAUCUCUCUCAGAAUGACCUUCUUGAUCCAAAUCAGUCAGGUUUCAAGACUAGUCAUUCAACUGAGACUGCUCUUCUCUGUAUCACGGAGGCGCUCCGCACCGCUAAAGCUAACUCUCUCUCCUCUGCUCUCAUCCUUCUAGACCUAUCGGCUGCCUUCGAUACUGUGAACCAUCAGAUCCUCCUCUCCACCCUCUCCGAGUUGGGCAUCUCCGGCGCGGCCCACGCUUGGAUUGCGUCCUACCUGACAGGUCGCUCCUACCAGGUGGCGAAUCGCAUCUCUGCAUGUCUGGCAGACAUAUCAGUGUGGAUGACGGAUCACCACCUCAAGCUGAACCUCGGCAAGACGGAGCUGCUCUUCCUCCCGGGGAAGGACUGCCCGUUCCAUGAUCUCGCCAUCACGGUUGACAACUCCAUUGUGUCCUCCUCCCAGAGCGCUAAGAACCUUGGCGUGAUCCUGGACAACACCCUGUCGUUCUCAACUAACAUCAAGGUGGUGGCCCGUUCCUGUAGGUUCAUGCUCUACAACAUCCGCAGAGUACGACCCUGCCUCACACAGGAAGCGGCGCAGGUCCUAAUCCAGGCACUUGUCAUCUCCCGUCUGGAUUACUGCAACUCGCUGUUGGCUGGGCUCCCUGCCUGUGCCAUUAAACCCCUACAACUCAUCCAGAACGCCGCAGCCCGUCUGGUGUUCAACCUUCCCAAGUUCUCCCACGUCACCCCGCUCCUCCGCUCUCUCCACUGGCUUCCAGUUGAAGCUCGCAUCCGCUACAAGACCAUGGUGCUUGCCUACGGAGCGGUGAGGGGAACGGCACCUCAGUACCUCCAGGCUCUGAUCAGGCCCUACACCCAAACAAGGGCACUGCGUUCAUCCACCUCUGGCCUGCUCGCCUCCCUACCACUGAGGAAGUACAGUUCCCGCUCAGCCCAGUCAAAACUGUUCGCUGCUCUGGCCCCCCAAUGGUGGAACAAACUCCCUCACGACGCCAGGACAGCGGAGUCAAUCACCACCUUCCGGAGACACCUGAAACCCCACCUCUUUAAGGAAUACCUAGAAUAGGAUAAGUAA